GCGGCUCCGGCUCCGGCUCCCGGGCAUUUAAAGGGGACGCGGCGGCGGCCCGGGGGGAUGGGGGGCGGGUGGAGGGGACGGCCCAGACGCAUAUCAUCUACAGUCCCUCGGGACUGGAGGGACUCGUGAGCCGGAGCCCAGAAACCCGGGGGUGGAUAAGACACCGCGUCCCCUCCAAAUCCCGUAAGCACCCCUUGCUCCAUCCUGCGCACAAAUACCUCAGCUAGUCCUCCUCCCCACUCCCUACACUCCAAGCUCAGCCGGGACAGACCUCUGCCGCCGCCGCCCCCACCCUGUGGAAGAAGCUCGGAGAUUCUGCCCCCUUUUCUCUUUGGUGACCACAAAAGAAUUUGAUCACUCAGGACAAAGCUACCAGAGCUGGAGGCCGACUGAGUCCCUGCAGGUGGUGCCCAAGGUGAUGUGCUGACCAUGAGCGGGUGCUUCCCAGUUUCUGGCCUCCGAUGCCUGUCUAGGGUGUGUCGUGGCCUGGUGCGGGAGGCUCCCACCUCCCUAAGCCCCACUGCUUCUCCUGCUGCCGGCUUGCUUCGGACUCUGGCAGAAACCCCACCCGCUGACACGUUCCUCCCGGGGAAUUGGUCUUGGAUGUGCCAGCACCCCUGGCCGUGGCCCGCUAACCAGCCUCUCCCCGGCCGGCUCCCGCCGCGCCUCCUCUCGCUUGCCCCUUCCUCCUUCUCCUGCUACUCUCCCCCCUGCUCCCAGGACGGCGGGAUGGCCGCGCAGGGCGCGCCUCGCUUCCUCCUGAUCUUCGACUUCGAUGAGACUAUCGUGGACGAAAACAGUGACGACUCAAUCGUGCGUGCCGCGCCCGGCCAGCGGCUGCCAGAGAGCCUGCGCGCCACCUACCGCGAGGGCUUCUACAACGAGUACAUGCAGCGCGUCUUCAAGUAUCUGGGCGAGCAGGGCGUGCGGCCGCGGGACCUGCGCGCAGUGUACGAAGCCAUCCCCCUGUCGCCGGGCAUGGCCGACUUGCUGCAGUUUGUGGCCAAGCAGGGUGCCUGCUUCGAGGUUAUUCUCAUCUCGGAUGCCAACACCUUCGGCGUCGAGAGCGCGCUGCGCGCCGCCGGCCACCACGGCCUGUUCCGCCGCAUCCUCAGCAACCCUUCAGGGCCCGACGCGCGGGGACUGCUGGCACUACGGCCCUUCCACACACACAGCUGCACGCGCUGCCCCGCCAACAUGUGCAAGCACAAGGUGCUCAGCGACUACCUGCGCGAGCGGGCUCACGACGGCGUGCACUUCGAGCGCCUCUUCUACGUGGGCGACGGCGCCAACGACUUCUGCCCCAUGGGGCUGCUGGCGGGCGGCGACGUGGCCUUCCCUCGCCACGGCUACCCCAUGCACCGCCUCAUCCAGGAGGCGCAGAAGGCAGAGCCCAGCUCCGUGCGCGCGAAUGUGGUGCCCUGGGAAACCGCCGCCGACGUGCGCCUCCACCUGCAACAGUUAACCCAGCUGCCUCCCCCAGUUCAGUUCCACCGCAAACAGUUAACUUCCGGAGUCUGGACCAACGCCAGGUGUUUCCACAAACCGUGCCCUUCGAACUGGGAGGAAGGUGCUCCUGCAGCACCUUCAAAGGAAAAAAAUGCCGGAGAGACCAGCCGCCUCCCGGUGGUGGAACGAGGUAGCACACUGUGCCGCUUGGGUCAGGCCAGCCAGGGACCUGGCAGCGUGUGACAGUGUCUCCUCGUACCCCAGCCUCAGCUUCGUCUAUGCAGCAAGAGACCAGGGACUUCACCAAAGUCGCCCCCACGGGCUGGGCCCUCUGCGCCCCGCUCCUCUCGUUUGGAACAGAAAGCCAUGAUGUUUUAAAGCAGAACCAGCGAAACCCCAGCCCCUCCUCCCUCUGGUGUUUUAGAACUAUAAAGGAGGUGAAGGGGGAA